CUGGAUGGAGUUAAGAACCUGCUUUAACUCUGAGUCUAUGUUUGAUAUAAAUAGAGAAAGUGAAAUUGCACGAGUAGGGUAAAUGACAUGAGAGCACAAGCAGUACUAUACAAUAUAGAGACUGACGUUACUGUAGACGUUACAGGACUGAAGAUUUAAUAGCAGACCUGAGUUGGUGUUGGUCUAACUGUGGUAGCAAGUUGACAAAGGAACCUGAGGACAAUUGGAGAUGAGGGAGAUGAUGUGGAUUUUUGCUGUGAUUAUCUUCUCGGUGUGUGAAACAUGGGGUCUGGACACAGGAUCUUCUCAAAGCACUUUGAUGCGCAAUACUUCUUCAUCUGCUCCUAAAGUUUAUGUUGUUAGAAAUGCAUCUUUCAAUCUGGGGAGUGAUGUUGGCCUGACAUGCAGCAAUGAACUGAGGAGUGAGGUGUUUUUUGUACUCUGGAAAAUAGAGUUGAAAUACAAAGAGUGCAGUAUCGCCCUCAGCAAUGAUGGCCAAAGUAAAGACUCCUGCAACGAUGGCAAGUCUCUCCGAAAUACAUCCACAGCUCCAUACCUGCACAUCCCAAACUUCUCAAAUGAUGAUGUUGGGGUCUACCUGUGUGACACGGUUUAUACAGGAGGAGCUGACACUCAUAUGAUCAACGUGGAUAUCAUAGCUCCUCCCAGUAUAUCAGCCUGGUUAGAGUGGAAGGGCAAUAAGAUGGUGGCUGUGUGCAAAGCUGAAAGAGGAAAACCUGCUGCCAACAUCAGCUGGAGCCAUCUAGAAAAUUCAUCAUCUUUGAAAACCUGGUCUGGCUCAGAUGGAUUCUUUACAGUAGAAAGCCACCUGGAACUCCCUGAGAACAUGGAUCCAAAAACCCUGAGCUGCACAGUCAGACACACGUACUGGGAAGAGGAGAAAACUUUGGUACCAAAGUUCACAGCAGCUACACGUCCUCAUUUUACUAUGACGUGCAUCCGUAUAGUUGUGAUAAUCAUUGCAGUUUUGGCUGUAAUCUUAUUCUUUGCAAAAAAGAAACUAAGAUGCUGUGGUGUUGCAGGCAGGUAG